AUCUCCAGCCACUUAGUACAAGUGUGUGUGUGUGUGUGUGUGUGUGUGUGUGUGUGUGUGUUUCUCAGUGAGUAAGACGAGUGGGCGAGAGCAGCAACUGGUCUGCUGUUGCAUGGCAAGAUAUUACUCAUUUCCUUAGCUGUGUGUACACACUCAUACACACACACACACACAUACAUACGCACACAUGCACACACGCUCACUCUCUUUGCAGGCUCUCGACGUCUUGUGACUCCUCGGUUGUGUCUGUAUUGGUGUGUUUGUGUGCUAAAGGCCUGUUGCUAUUGCUGUGUAUGUGUGUGAGGAGGAACAGUGGGAUCUGUAAGCGCGUUACACACUCGGAGAAUUUUUUUUGCCACUGCACGGAUAGCUGCUCUGCCCACUCAAAGGUGAGUAAUUCUGGUGCAGGACCGAGUGAAUUGCGAUCUUCUGCGUGAUGCUGUUCAGCCGAGAAUCUUGUCACCAUCCGGACCCCUCGUUUUCCCCAUCAGCCCAUGUGACCUAGUUUUGGCCCCUCAGGCCUGGGGGAGACCCCAUGAAUCCCAGCCUCCCCCCAAAAAAGCGCGAGUCCCGGCAAGGCUCGUCGGAACAGCGCCCUCCGGAGGAUGAGUUCAAAUACCCGGCGCCACUUAGACACAGGAGACACCACAUUUCUGAAGGGCGGGAGAACGAACCACGCAGCGAUAAAGACCUCCUUCCACCUCCUCCACCUCCUCCACUCCCACACCUUCAGUUCCCCCUAUCAUGGCAGCUGCCCUACCACUCAUCCCUUCACCACCCAUACAUUUCUAGCCCGGUGAGAGAAAGACGUGGCUCAGGUUCGCCUUCCUGGAGAGAUGGAACAAGAAGGUCAGAAGGUGAAACAGAACUGCCAAUUCCUCACCACUCUCGUUGGCUACGUGGAGAAAUUAAUUCGCUUGGUUUGCAUCCGUCCAUGCCGAUGCCUACAUACAAGGGCACUUAUGCAGUCGAUUCCAGGGACAUGUGGUCCUAUUUUAACCCUACACGGCAAAACUAUGCCUCCUCUCUCUUCCCUUCCUCGUCCUCCUCACACCUCUUCUCACAAACAUCACUUUACCACAAUGAUUUUCUCUCAGAAAGUAGGCUCAGGUACUCAAACAGGAGACCCAAUGGUCUUGAUGGACAAGGGAUUAGAUCAGAAUCUAGUGGAAGGGCAGAAAGUGGGAAUGACCCUCAAGCAAGAGUUGGUGGUGCCCACUCCAAUGGAAGGAAGAGGAAUCAAGAAGAUCUGGUAGGGCGCGAUACAAGGAGGGUAUCCCCACCCCAAACGGGUCAUAAUGCACAUUCCUUCCAUCACAAUACAGACAGAGACUCUCUGGCAAUCCUAAAGCCUCCAACAUCCCAUGCAUACAUUUCUGACACACGAAAGACAAAGGCUCCUCAAGAACCUUCCGUUGGAAGUGCCUCCAAUUCAGGAGCUCAGAUCUACUAUGCCCUGGGGUCUCUGUACUCCACUGUUCACCACAACCCUCAGGCAUACCCAGGUUUUAACCCCUCAGGUCCUCCUCCUCCUUCCCCUCUGAGGAACUCCCAGCACUCCCCUCAUGGUCAGCACAACAACCAUGGGGUUCAUCAGGAGCGAGAACUUUCACCAGGAUCCUAUCGUCAUUCUGUUUCAGUCCUCAGUGGUCCUGACCCACCACCAAGUGCAGUCCUACCUCAUUUUGCCAAGGGUUCCCUUAUUGAGUUGGCUGGUGGCCGUCUGAAAAGGGUGGAAGAGUUACAGACUGAGGAUUUCCUGCACAGUGCCGACACCACACCUGAGUUCCACCUGAGUACCUGCACUGUCCUGCUUAUCUCACCUGGACCCACUGAUGGGUUCAAUCACCUGCAGGUUUUGCUUGCUGACCGCAACACUCAGGAAUUGCUCACAGUUUUGGAGGAGUAUCCAUUUUUUGUGCGGGACAGAGGCUGGUCUUCAUGCAGUCCUCAGAGGAGCGCCGAGCUCUAUGGCCUCCACUGCCGUCAGCUUAGUCCAGGAGACAUCUGCCUGGCUUUGACCCCAACACCGUCUGCAUUGCCUGCAACAGCACGUUUGUCACCAAUGCCCAACUCACUGACACCAGUGGCCACCUUAGCCUCCUCAGCGACCUCAACGAUGACCUCAUUGACCCCAUCGUUGUCCUCAUUACCCCCACAGAUGACCUCACCAAUCCUAAAGCCCACCUCGCUGCAACAACACUCAUGUAGUCGCAUGUCUGCAGACUCAGAGACCAGCACACACAGACCUGACAGAACGGCUCCGCCCCUCGCGCCAACGCUUCUGUCUGAUUCCCGGCGGGAAAUCCAGGAUAAGCCACACUCCCGAAAGCGACGCUGGUCUGCCCCCGAGUUGCGUGAAGGAAAUAGGAGCUGCACAGAUUUACCUCAAGGAUGUAAACGAAUGAGACAGCAGUAAGUCCUCAUUAGGAAUCUGAAUUCAUGACCAAGAAGUGCUUAUAUUUUAUCACAUAUUAACAAAUAAUACAUUAUCCCUUAGUUUAUUCUAAUGUUUUUUUUUAUUAUUAUUAAUUGCAAAUAUUUUGGCAUUAAUGAAAACACUUUUUUCUUUUUUUUGUUUCAAGAAUAAAUUUAUUAAGAGCAUCAAGAUGUUAUUUAAUAAUAAAAAAUUACCAACAUAAUUUAUAAUAAUAAAAUAUUAAUUUUAUUAGUUGACAAAAUUAAGUUUUUAUGCACUGAAAUGAUAUACACCUCUAUUUAAGAGGAUUUAGAUCACCAUAAAAAUUACGUGAGUUCUGGCUUCUGUGAAAUCAGAAUUCUAAUUAUUUUAAUCUCAGAAUUUUUACUUUAUUCUCAGAAUUUCACCUUUUUUUAAGAAUUCUGACUUUAAACUAAAAAUACUGACAUUAAUCUCAUAAUUUUUUAGAAACGUCUGAGAUUAAAGUCAGAAUUCUGAGGGGAAAAAAA